AUGUUACGCCAGCGCUCGCUUCUCCGGGCAUGGAAGCAAGCCGGAGAUCAGCCGCAAUACCUUCGGCAUCUCCCCGAUGUUGCGUCUUUCCUUCUUGGUGAGCUUGUUCUCAAGCUUUCGGGGUCGAUUAACUCGGUUGCAGAUCGCAGUUUCGACACUGUCGGAUCCGGUUCGGAUUCUCUAUUCAAUACGGUACGCCGUCGAUUGAAUAAGGAAACAGAGAGCAGGGUGGGCAGAGCUUCCUUUGUUUACGCGGACCAGUUAUAG